CUCUUCAAUUGAUGCUCACGACCCAUUCUCUUGUCUCUUUGCAUCUGUGCUACCUAAUUUCUUGUACAGUUUUGCAAGCUGUGUUUGUUGAAGGCUGAAAUAUGGGAGGUGGCAGUCCUACUCCAUCUGAAGACAUUAUUGACAUGGUUCUUGACGACUGUGAGUUCCAAUGUGAGUUCCGACCUUUGAUCCGUAGUGCUGCUGCUGCUGCGAUGCCUGGAAUGCGGCGUCCUCUCUUACUUUCUCAUCCUCACUCUCCUCCUCGUUAUUACCCCCACAUACCUCCUCCUCAUUGUCAUAAUCGCCACCCAAUUGCUGCUCCUCCUCCGCCACCUCCUCCUCAUUGUCAUAACCACCACCCACCUACUCCUCCUCCACCACCACCUCCUCCUCGUCAUAACCACCACCCACCCGCACAUCCUCCACCGCCACCUCCUCCUCGUCAUAACCACCACCCACCCGCUCAUCCUCCACCGCCACCACCUCCUCGUCAUAACCACCACCCACCUGCUCCUCCUCCACCACCACCUCCUCCUCAUCAUAACUACCACCCACCUGCUCCUCCUCCUCCUCAUCAUCAAAUGAAGCAGAAGCAUUGUGGCCACUGUUGCUUGAAUGCUCACCAUAACAAUUUUGCCCACCCCAUGCCUAUGACUAUGGCUGUGCCUGCCCCUUCUCCUUAUCAUUAACUUGCUAUUUCUACAGCACGGUGUUAUAAUAUAUAGUUUGGACUUCUUCUUGAUUGAAGAAAAGAAUACAAGAAGACUCAGGAUGCCACAUAGGAGGCAGGGAGGCUCUUGUUUGUUUGUAGUUGGGAUGUUUUUGACAGCUAAUUAGAAUAAGUGGCCACCAAGUUCCUUGGCCUACAUAAUCAAGUGUUUUCUAGUAUGUAUAUGGUAACAACCAUGAUAUUUGCCUUUGGGCUGUACUGCUUUUACAUAUAUAUGGAAUGAUCUAUAUCAGGCUAAUACCUGAUUACAGUUAUUGUUUUA